AUGGCGAUCUGCUUCAUUCUCUAUGCAAUCCUCACAUCACUCCUCGCCGUAUCCCUGAGUCUGUCUCUCUCCGUGAUCAACGCAAGAAAGUCCAGGAAACGAGCGGUGGGAUUCUUCCAUCCGUACACGAACGACGGCGGCGGCGGCGAGAGAGUCCUCUGGUGCGCAGUUAAAGCCAUCCAAGAGGAGACUCCCGAUCUCGACUGUGUCGUCUUCACGGGAGAUCACGACUCUUCUUCUGACAGCUUGGCUCGCCGCGCCGUCGAUCGCUUCGGUGUCCACCUCCUCUUCCCUCCCAAGGUGAUUCAUCUGAACAAAAGGAAAUGGAUUGAAGAGAGGACUUACCCACAUUUCACGAUGAUAGGUCAGAGUCUUGGCUCGGUUUAUCUAGCGUGGGAGGCUUUACGAAAGUUCACUCCUUUGUAUUACCUUGACACUAGUGGAUAUGCUUUCACGUAUCCUCUUGCUCGUCUCUUUGGCUGCAAAGUUGUUUGCUAUACUCAUUAUCCAACCAUUAGCUUGGAUAUGAUUUCUCGUGUUCGUCAGAGGAACUCCAUGUAUAACAACGACGCUUCCAUUGCUAAGAGAGCUUUUAGCUGGCUGUAUGGGAUGGUUGGCUCGUGUACUCAUCUAGCUAUGGUGAACUCUUCGUGGACGAAGUCUCAUAUCGAAGUGCUUUGGAGGAUUCCAGAACGGAUCCGACGGGUCUACCCGCCUUGUGAUACUUCAGGACUUCAGGCACUUCCUCUUGAAAGAUCAUCAGAUCCUCCGGUUUUCAUAUCUGUCGCUCAGUUUCGUCCUGAGAAGGCUCAUAUGCUUCAGCUUGAGGCCUUUUCACUAGCCUUAGAGAAGUUAGACGCCGACGUCCCUCGUCCCAAGCUCCAGUUCGUGGGAAGCUGUAGAAACGAGUCAGAUGAAGAACGGCUGCAGAAACUGAAAGACAGAGCAGUUGAGCUAAAAGUGGAUGGGAACGUGGAGUUCUAUAAGAACGCCAUGUACAGGGAACUAGUGGCGCUGCUAGGAAAUGCAGUUGCAGGACUCCAUGGGAUGAUAGACGAACAUUUUGGGAUUAGCGUUGUAGAGUACAUGGCUGCUGGUGCGAUCCCAAUAGCUCACAACUCAGCUGGACCUAAAAUGGACAUUGUGUUGGAAGAAGACGGAGAAAGAACAGGGUUUCUUGCUGAGACCGUGGAGGAAUACGCUGAAGCGAUGAUUGAGAUUGUGAAGAUGAGUGAAACAGAGAGGCUUAAGAUGGCUGGAUCUGCUAGGAAACGAGCGACGAGGUUCUCUGAACAACGGUUUUGUGAGGAUUUUAAAACUGCUAUUCGACCUGUUUUCACCGGUGCUCUCAAAUGA